UGGCGGCGGGCGUCGUUAGUCACUUCAGUUCGUUCGCCUGGUCAACAUCAGGAACAGGAGGCAGAGAGUGAGAAUCGCGGCACAGUCUUAAGAUCCGCGAGUUCGCAGAUCCCCCAAAAAAUACUAUCUUAGAAUUGAUCCACACACCCUACCAUGUGCCUUUCAUCUCCGGUUACCGGCCAGAGCCAGACUCCAGCUGUUGGCCAGUGCAACGGAUCGUGUGGCCUGGACAGCAACGGAAACCGUACCGCAACUGUCACUGCUCCCAACCAAAAUGGCGAACUGAAGCACAGAGGCAAAGCCCACACCAAAGACUCCGAUGACGAUAACCUGGGCUACAAGGAGGAGAAUGCCGUGUACAAGGAAACCCCAGCUCUGGACAGCCAACAGGAUCUGAAGCUAAAGGAGACGGAGCAGGCUGAGGAGGAGGAGGAGUAUCACCCUCAGAUCAGAUGGCCGGAUUUAGGGGCCCAGACCUUUUUGCACGUCGGUGCUCUGUAUGGCCUCUAUCAGCUCUUCUACGCCAACUUCUACACAUUCCUCUGGGUGGUCGUCACCGUAUGGGUCUCGGGUAUCGGAAUCACGGCGGGAGCCCACAGGCUUUGGUCUCACAAAUCCUACACAGCCUCGUUGCCAUUACGUAUUCUGCUGGCUUUUGCUUUUUCCAUUGCGGGUCAGAGGGAUGCUUAUACAUGGGCUUUGGAUCACAGGAUACAUCACAAAUUCUCCGAGACGGACGCCGAUCCGCAUAAUGCAAAACGAGGCUUCUUUUUCGCCCACGUAGGCUGGCUGUUCCUAACCCCCCAUCCCAAGGUCAUCGCCAAGCGAAAGGUCAUUGACAUGUCCGACUUGGAGGCGGAUGCAGUGUGCAUGUUCCAGCGAAAGUACUACAUCCCGCUCUUCGCCCUUUGUUCCAUCAUUCUGCCAGUGGCUGUGCCAUGGUACUUCUGGAACGAGGACUUGUGGAUGUCCUUCUGGAUUAACUUUAACAUGCGUUUCACCUGGACCCUCAAUGUGGCCUUCUUCGUGAAUAGUGUUGCUCAUAUGUACGGCAACAAACCCUAUGACAAGAACAUUAUGUCUGUAGAGGCUCCUAUUGUCUCCUUGCUGGCCAUGGGAGAAGGAUGGCAUAAUUACCACCAUGUUUUCCCCUGGGACUACAAGACGGGCGAGUUUGGCAAUUACAGCCUCAACAUUACCACCGGUUUCAUUGACUUUUGCGCCUGGCUGGGCCUGGCCAAAGGAAGAAAAUCAGUAUCUCCUGACAUGGUCAUCCGGCGGGCGGCAAAGUGCGGAGAUGGCACUCGUUUCCUGGAUGAUGACCAUGCCCACAAGGAUCAAGUGUGGGGCUUCGGGGACAAGGAUAUUCCUCGCGAGGACCUCCAGGAGCUGGCCAAGAUGCAAAACUAAUCGGACAUCGGCCAUGUAUUAUCAUUUUAGCCUGUGGUUUUCAUAGAAUUAAGUAUCUAAAUGCACCUUUCGCCAAUCCGUGAUUAAUAUGAAUCCCAUAACAAUCAAAACCCAUUUUUUUGUACCAUCUUAUACCAAAAAGCCAUCCUCAUCCCAACGCGGAUCGCUAGGAUCUGAGUAUUGUAGGGACGCUAGUCUCCCAAUGUUGCUUUCGUUACUUACCCUCGGGUCAAUAAACUCUGUUUUUUGUAUUAAACAUUA